GUGUUUACGGAAGUGACGUCGGACGUGACGUGUCGUUUUCCGCACAGGCGUCCAGGAACGAAGAAAAAAAAUCAUGAAACUCAGGCGAGAAGCGCGCUUAUAGAUCAUAAAUGUCAUAAAGAUCGGCGACCAGCGCGAUUGUGAUCAUGUGUGCGACGCCGAGGAGCGCCCGCGGCUGAGGACCGGCGCUUUAAUUGACGCGAGUGCCGCGGCGAGGUUUGUUUAUGUGUCGCGAGACGCCCCGGUCGGGUUAAGUGAUUUAUUAAUAAUUCGUUAGAGUUGAAUUGCCGUCGAAUGAGUGUAAAGAUGUCGACCAGCAGCCCCGAGGCGGUGAAGAAACUCCUGGAGAACAUGCAGGCGGAUCUGCGCUCUCUGUCCAUGGAGUGCAAGAAGAAAUUUCCUCCAGUCAAAGAGGCCGCAGAGUCUGGCAUCGUCAAGAUCAAAACCAUCGCUGCUAGAAAUACAGACAUCCUGGCAGCGCUGAAGGAGAACAGUUCAGAGGUGGUCCAGCCGUUCCUCAUGGGCUGCGGAACCAAAGAACCCAAAAUCACCCAGCUGUGUCUCGCCGCCAUUCAGAGACUCAUGUCACAUGAAGUCGUGUCCGAGGCGGCGGCUGGGAACAUCAUUAACAUGCUGUGGCAGCUGAUGGAGAACGGACUGGAGGAGCUCAAACUGCUGCAGACGGUUCUGGUGCUGCUCACCACUAACACCAUCGUACACGAUGAAGUUCUGUCCAAGGCCAUCGUUCUGUGUUUCCGCUCUUUCUGUACAUAUAAAUGUGCCGUUCUGCAGGAUUUGUGUCAGCUGGUGAACGCUGACGCCCCCUACUGGUUGGUGGGAAUGACCGAGAUGACCCGGACGUUCGGCCUGGAGCUGCUGGAAUCUGUUUUAAACGACUUUCCUGAAGUUUUCCUGCAGCAUCAGGAGUUCAGUUUCCUGCUGAAGGAGCGCGUGUGUCCGCUGGUCAUCAAACUGUUCUCUCCCAACAUCAAGUUCCGUCAGGGCAGCAGUAGCAGCGCGUCGUCUCCGGCGCCCGUGGAGAAACCCUACUUCCCCAUCUGCAUGAGACUGCUGCGGGUCGUCUCGGUUCUCAUCAAACACUUCUACAGCCUCCUGGUGACGGAGUGUGAGAUCUUCCUGUCUCUGCUGGUGAAGUUUCUGGAUGGAGAGAAGCCGCAGUGGCUGAGAGCCGUGGCGGUGGAGUCUGUGCACAGACUGUGUGUUCAGCCGCAUUUACUGCAGUCUUUCUGUCAGUCGUACGACAUGAAGCAGCACUCCACCAAAGUCUUCAGAGACAUCGUCAACGCUCUGGGCUCCUUCAUCCAGUCGCUCUUCAUCCUCCCCAGCGCAGGAAACGCCUCGUCCACAAGCACGCCUGCAGCAGCAAUAAUGUCUCAAGCACAUCGCAUUCUGGAGAUGCUGGAUAAGGUGGAGCCGCCCUCCAUCCCUGAAGGUUACGCCAUGUCUGUGGCGUUCAGCGCCCUGCUGGAUCUGGUGAGGGGAAUCACCUCCAUGAUCGAGAGAGGACUCAACAAACAGGAACAGGAAGCCGCCAUGAGGGAGGAGGCGGAGCCUGUUAGUCCUCCACAGAGUGACAGCCUCCCUCAGGAUCCCAUGGCUCAUGAGGUUUGGGAGGAGAUGGUGAACGCCUGCUGGUGCGGUCUGUUAGCGGCUCUUUCACUGCUGCUGGACGCUAGUACUGAUGAGACGGCUACAGAAAGCAUCCUGAAAGCCGAGCUGUCCGUGGCGUCUCUGUGCGGUCGUCUGAGUUUGGUGACGCCGCGUGACGCUUUUAUUACGGCUAUCUGUAAAGCGUCUCUCCCUCCUCACUACGCCCUCACCGUCCUGAGCAACGCCGCCAACCUGUCCAAUAAAGGUACGAGAGCACAUCUGGUGUGGAUUCUGGGUCUGAAACCAGCUGUUGGUGGAGUUCUGAAACCCGGGAGGGCUGUGGAGGGUCCGAGCACGGUUUUGACCACAGCGGUGAUGACCGAUCUACCCGUCAUAUCAAAUAUCCUUUCCAGACUCUUUGAAAGCUCACAAUACCUGGAUGACGUGUCUCUGCAUCACCUGAUAAACGCUCUGUGCUCUUUAUCCAUGGAGGCCAUGGAGAUGGCUUACGGAAGCAACAAGGAGCCGUCUCUAUUCGCAGUGGCCAAACUGUUAGAGACCGGACUGGUUAAUAUGGACCGGAUCGAGAUUCUCUGGCGGCCGCUGACGGCUCAUUUACUGGAGAAGGUCUGUCAGCAUCCUAACGCUAGAAUGAGGGAGUGGGGCGCAGAGGCCAUCACCUCGCUGAUCAAAGCUGGACUCUCCUUUAAACACGAGCCACCGCUGUCCCAGAACCAGAGGCUGCAGCUGCUGCUUCUGAACCCUCUGAAGGAGCUCUCCAAUGUCCUUCACACCGAUAUCCGACAGAAACAGCUGGAGUGUGUCCUACAGAUCCUGCAGAACCAGGGAGACAGUCUCGGACCGGGAUGGCCUCUGGUGCUGGGGGUCAUUGGAGCGAUCCGCAAUGACCAGGGUGAAUCCCUCAUACGAACAGCCUUCCAGUGCCUGCAGUUGGUGGUGACCGACUUCCUACCCACAAUGCCUUGCAUGUGCCUCCAAAUUGUGGUGGAUGUAGCUGGCAGCUUUGGGCUCCAGAACCAGGAGCUGAACAUCAGCCUGACGUCUAUCGGCUUGCUGUGGAACAUCUCAGACUACUUCUUCCAAAGGGGAGAAGCUAUUACAGAGGAGCUGGAGAGGGAGGAAGCGGUUCUCUUGAAACAGGCCCAAGAUAAAGGUGAACCUCUGAACCGACCCUUCCACCCUGCGCCACCCUUUGACUGCCUGUGGUUGUGCCUGUAUGCCAAGCUGGGUGAGUUGUGCGUGGACCCACGGCCGGCUGUGAGGAAAAGCGCCGGCCAGACAAUGUUCUCUACCAUUGCUGCUCACGGAACGCUGCUGCAACCACCGACCUGGAACAUUGUGGUUUGGAAGGUUCUCUUUCAUCUGCUGGACUGUGUAAGGAAGUCCUCCACCACGGCCGACAAGGAAAAGAUCGAAUCCGGAGGUGGAAACAUCCUCAUCCACCACUCACGUGACACAGCAGAGAAACAGUGGGCAGAAACAUGGGUUCUGACGCUUGCGGGCGUAGCUCGGAUCUUCAACACCAGGAGAUACCUGCUUCAGCAGCUGGGUGACUUUUUCAAGGCUUGGGAAGUUCUGUUGGACCACAUCCAGUCCGCUGCGCUCAGCAAGAACAAUGAGGUUUCCCUCGCCGCCCUCAAGAGCUUCCAGGAGAUCCUCCAGCUAGUCACGCCCAUGAAAGACACGGAUAAACUCGACGUUCUCGCAGCUAUGGACGUUCCUCCUGUCCUUAUGGAGUCUCUUCAAGGUUCUGGGCCAGGAAGACCCCUAGUCCGGUCUGAUUCCCUUGCCGAGCGACUAGUCCAGCGCUACGGCGCGCAACCUUCACUUCCACCACCUGGAGAGGAGCUGGACGACUCAGCCCUCUGGUGGUCAGCGUGGAACACUUGGUACCGGAUAGGAACCGAGUGCACGCGACCCCCUAGUGGUGGAAAAGAUAAACUAGUGUUCGUACCCAGUCAGCCUUUCCUGACGGCGCUAAUACAGAUUUUCCCAGCGUUGUACCAGCACAUCGCAGGAGGGUUCAGCAUGGAGGAUCUCAAGAAGCUGGGGGUGAUUCUGCAUGGAGCCGUGUCGGUCCCCAUAAGCUCAGACUCCUCGCCCUUCAUCUUGCCCUCCUACACGGAAGCGGUGCUCACCAGCCUGCAGGAAGCGGUCCUGACCGCCCUUGAUGUCCUGCAGAAGGCAAUUUGUGUGGGUUCGGAGAAUCUCCAGGUGAUGUAUCCCGCCAUCUUUGAGCAGCUCCUGCUGUUUGUGGAGUUCUCCUGUAAACCUCCUCAGUAUGGGAAGAUGGAGACCAAACUUGUGGCCAAUGCCAAAUACAACCAGAUCCAACUGUUUGCACCGGCGGAGUGGGUGGCCUUAAACUACGUGCCGUUUGCGGAGCGAUCUUUGGAGGUGUUGGUCGAUCUGUAUCAUAAAACAGCCGGUCACAAAGCCGUCAUCAACGAAAAAGUCCUACAGAACAUCAUCAAGACUCUGAAGAUUCCUCUGGGUCUGAAGUACGCCUGUCCUGCAGAGAGCACCUGGAAACUAGCCGUCUCUUCUCUGCUCAAAGUGCUUUCCAUUGGACUCCCUGUUGCUCGGCAACAAGCAUCCUCAGGCAAAUUUGACACAAUGUGGCCAGAGCUGGCGAACGCCUUUGAGGACUUCCUGUUUACCAAAAGCACACCUCCAGAUAAUCGGUCCAUACAAGAGUUCCAGAGGAAUGAAGCUAUAGAUGUCGAGGUGGUGCAGUUGAUCAGCACAGAGAUUUUACCAUUUGCUAAUUUCAUACCCAAAGAGUUCGUAGGUCGUAUCAUGAGCAUGCUCAAUAAAGGAUCGAUUCACUCCCAGUCAUCAUCGUUCACAGAGGCUGAAAUGGACAUCCGUAUGCGGGAGGAGUUCUCUAAGGUGUGUUUCGAGACGCUCCUGCAGUUCUCCUUCAGUAAUAAGGUGUCGACGCCGCAGGAGGGCUAUAUCUCCCGUAUGGCGCUGUCAGUGCUGCUGCAGAGAGCUCAGGACGUGCUCCGACGAUACGUGAAUGACGAGAGACUCAGUGGACGCUGCCCACUGCCCAGGCAACAAGUGACUGAGAUCAUCUUUGUGUUAAAAGCCAUCAGCACUCUCAUGGAUUCCUUGAAAAAGACUCAACCAGAGAACGUGGAUGGGAACGUGUGGGCUCAGGUGAUCGCGCUCUACCCGACGCUAGUGGAGUGCAUCACCUGCUCGUCUCCUGAAGUAAGCUCCGCCCUCAAAGACGCCCUGGGGCCCUUUAAAGACUUCAUGCAACCGCCCGUCUCCAAAGUGCAGAACGGCGAAUCGUGACUGAACGUUUUUAUUCCACCGCAAACAUGAAUGUGACUGUUUCAUACGCCACGCGUGAAGACGAUUCACCCCCAUCGUCAUGGUAACUGUUGAUUGACAGCUCCAAUCCCAUCAUUCGAAGCUUCUUCUAAUACGAGCUGACGGUAGACUCUGAUUGGCCGACUUUAACGAUGUAUUAACUGCUACGUUAAAUUUGCAGUGUUUGUUGUUUUUAUGGGUUUUUGGUCCCCUCCCCCCCCCGCCCCCUGGAGUUAAUGUACAGUGUUUGGUGAUAGUGUUAAAGAUUUAAUUAAGAAUGACCUAUUUGGAUUGAAAAUCAUUUAAUAAGAGAGAACUACAAAUCAUAAUAAAUACAUGAAGGGUGGUCUUUUUUUGUGAAAUUUUCUCAACAGCAAUGGAUUUUAUGCAAGAUCGUACUGUAACAUUCCAUGUCAUCUUUAGUCGCAUUGAGAAGGGUGUGUACAAUAAUAAAUGGUACAGUUCUAUGAACAUCAAA